AUGACGUGUGCUCUGGACGCGCCAAACUACAACUGCGUGGUGACCGUUCCCAGUGGCCACCGCGUGAGCUACGCGGUCGUUGGCGACCCCAGCGGGCGUCCCGUGCUAUGCUUUCUCGGCAUACGCGGCCAUCGGUAUUUUACGUACCUCUACAAAGCCCUGGCGUGCAAGCACAAGAUUCGGCUCUUUGGGAUCGACCGACCCGGGUACGGUCUCUCGGACCCGCUGGCCGCUGGCAACUCGACGCCUGCACCCAUUGCGUUUGCCCGUCUUGUCGGGGCGCUCCUCGACGUCCUCGGAAUUGACGAGUUUGGUCUCGUCGGUGGCUCGGCCGGUGCCAUGUAUGCGGUCGCAAUCGCUGCCGACACCCGCCUCGCGACGCGCAUCCUAUCGCCCGUCGUCCUCAUCGCGCCGUGGUUGGGCGCCCACGCAGCCCGGUUCCUUGGCUACUGA